UUACAACAGGAGAAAGUCAGCGCCGUCAUUUUCUAUCUUCCGUGUCUAUAUUUCCUUUCCACCUACGUUGAUUUGGUGGAUACCAAACAUGGCUACGGACUGGGAUCUUUACGCGGUGGUGAGGAGUUGUUCGUCCGCCGUAGGAAGCAAUCGAUCCUCGAAAGGGAAUAACAACGGUUGUCACGAGAACCCUUUGGCUUGUUUGGCUUCAUUGACGUUUGAGGAAGAAGAUGACCCGUGUGCAUUUCCUACUCUAAGUAAAAGUGGUUCUUUGCCAGAUUCUCACGAACCCUUUUUGACACACGCCGACCCCACCACCAUGGGCAUUAAUCGAGGCAUAGAUCCGAGCUUUACGAGACAUGUUGACGGAGGAUCCAGUGGCCUACAUCAUCAGUUACAGCAGCAGCAGCAGCAGCAGCAACAACAACAACCCACCGUUACGACGACCCCUGCUGCUCCUAUUUUCAACUUCGACCAAUUUCUAAACCAGCGACAACCACAACCGCUGCAGUUGAGGAAACGAGUUCAACAGCAGGAGGUUCCAAUAACAAGAAAGAGGAAGAAUCAGAAGAGAACCGUUUGUCAUGCAACGGGUGAGAAUUUAUCGUCAGAUCAAUGGUCAUGGCGAAAAUACGGACAAAAGCCCAUCAAAGGUUCCCCCUAUCCAAGACACUACUACAGAUGCAGCAGCUCGAAAGGGUGUUCAGCGAGAAAACAAGUCGAGCGUAGCAAUUUCGAACCCGACACCUUUAUCGUUACCUACACGGGCGACCACACUCACUCUAGGCCCACUUACCGGAACUCGCUCGCCGGCAGUUCUCGAAGAAACAGGCUAUCGACCAUUCGAAAGGCAGCUAAUGUUUCCUCCUCCUUUUUCAUCUCUCCAACGACACCGGUUUCAGAUUCUGAAGACGGCGCUACCACCGUCAACGUGCACAACGCGGGUGAUAAUGAAGUUAAAGAAGGUGAAACCGUUAACAACAUGGCUCUUGAAACGUCUCCCGACGCAGAGAACGAUGAUGAUAAUGAUGUUAUUUUGAUCCCCAACGUGCAUGUUAAUGAAGAUCUUUUCAAUGGGUUGGGAGAACUCGUGUCUGGUGCUGGCGGUGGCAGUAGUACUAUUGGUAGUGGAUUAGGACCCAACUGGUCAGCCUUUGGUGGUCACUUUCCAUGUUGGGCUACCGGUAACUCUGCCUCAAGCGCUGGAACCGCGGCUGGUCGUGACUGA